CGGUAAGGAUGGCAAUGAAAGGAUGUCUUUCAGCUUUAGUGUUGUGGCUCCUUCUCCUCACCAUUCAGGUUUCCCUAGGGGAUGAUGAAUUGAAGCUGAUAAAUGGAACUAGCCCCUGCUCUGGGAGAGUGGAAGUAAAACAUGAGGAUCGGUGGGGAACUGUGUGUGAUGGUGACUGGAAUACAGAAGAUGCCGAGGUUGUUUGCCAGCAAGUAGGAUGUGGGUCUGCUGUUCAGGCCCUUAACCGAGCUCCUUUUGGAGAAGGAUCUGGACCUACAUGGUUGUAUCGAGUAGAGUGCCGUGGUAAUGAAUCUGCUCUCUGGAACUGCCCUCAUGCAGGCUGGGGUGGCUUUACCUGCCCUCAUUAUUUUGACGUUGGAGUGAUCUGCUCAGGUUUCUCAGGGCUGCAUCUGUCUGGUGGGGACACUGCCUGCUCAGGACAUCUGAAAAUAAAGCAAGAAGAAACUUGGACUACGGUCUGUUAUUCAUACAUUGAUUUCAAUGCUGCCUCUGUUAUAUGCAGUGAGCUAAGUUGUGGCCAGGCUGUGGAUGUCUUGAGAGGAGCUCACUUUAGAGACAGACAUGAAUUGAUCUGGCAAGAAAAGUUCCACUGUGUGGGGAAUGAGACUCACCUUGCACACUGUCCCAGGACGUUGCAGCAUAGUAAGGCAUGCUCUCAUGAUGCUUAUGUUCUAUGUUCAGGCUAUGGUGGAUACAGGUUGUCAAAUGGCAGUACCACAUGUACAGGGAGAGUUGAGCUUCUUCAUGGAGGCUCAUGGGGAACGCUCUGUGACUACUCGUGGAGUUUUCCAGCUGCCAAUGACCUCUGCCAGCAUCUGGACUGUGGAGUUGCACUGUCAAUACCAGAUGGACAGUCCUUUGGAAGAGGAAAUUGGUCUUUCUGGAACGGUACAUUCAGCUGUAAGAAGAAUGGCUCAUACUCAAGAGACUGUUCUGUGAGUGUUCUAGAUCAGAACAAAUGCCCUGCUGGAAAUGUUGCUCGUGUGAUGUGCUCAGGGUGCCCAGGGGGCAGACUAGCAAAUGGCAGCACAUGCUCAGGCAGAGUGGAAAUCCGCCAUGGCGAUACAUGGGGAAGACUCUGCCGCUCCCACUGGAAUUUGCAGGCUGCUAAUGUCCUCUGCUAUCAGCUGAACUGUGGCUAUGCAAAGUCAAUCCAGACAGGAGACAGUUUUGUGGAUGGGAAUGGACCUGUAUGGAGAGAUGCUUUUCACUGUGAAGGGACAGAGUCCUGCCUGUGGGAUUGUGCUCAAGUGACUUUGGGCAAUCCAACUUGUUCAGCCAAAGAAGUAGCCACUGUUGUUUGCUCAGGUCUUGCUGAAUCACUCAGACUCUCAGACGGUCAGAGCCGCUGCGAUGGGCGUGUUGAAAUCUCCCUUGAUGGCAUAUGGGGCAGAGUCCUAGAUGACGACUGGAACAUCAAAGAUGCUCAUGUGGUAUGCAGACAGCUCCAGUGUGGAAUAGCAAAGAGAGCCUAUUACCUUCCAAGGUCUGAACGAGGCAUCGGUCCUGUGGGCUUAAGAAAUGUCCAUUGUGAUGGAAAUGAGACUCGGCUAGUGCUCUGCAAGACCUCCCAUUCUCAGGCGCUGUCAGCAGGAGUUGCUGAAGAUGUUGGUGUGAUCUGCUCUGAGAGCCGGCAGAUGAGGCUGGUGAAUGGAACAAAACGCUGUGCUGGGAGAGUGGAGCUUUAUCAUGAUGGCAUCUGGGGCACUAUCUGUGAUGAUAACUGGGAUCUAUCAGAUGCAAAUGUUGUUUGCAGACAGCUGGGAUGUGGAUAUGCCAUCAAGGCAUUAGACUCUGCUUACUAUGGAGAAGGCUCAGGGCAAAUCUGGCUGGAUGAUGUAAACUGCACUGGGUCUGAAUCCAAUAUCUGGGCAUGCCCCUCUAGGGUAUGGGGUCAUCACAACUGCCAACACAAAGAGGACGCUGGAGUCCUAUGCUCAGAGUUCCUGGCUCUGAGGCUGGUGAAUGGCAGUGGCUGUGCUGGACGGCUAGAAGUUUUCUACAAUGGGACAUGGGGGAGCAUUUGCUCCAAUCGUAUGUCUCAACUCACUGCAGUAACUGUAUGCAAACACUUGAACUGUGGAGAUGGUGGGGAAAUCGAAAGAGAUUUCAAAUAUGGCAGAGGUUCUGGGCCCACAUGGCUGGAUCACGUUGAGUGUGCUGAGCAACACAGCUCCCUGUGGCAAUGUCAGUCAGACCCCUGGGAUCCUCAGUCAUGUGAUAACCGAGCAGAAGAGACCCAUAUUUCUUGCACUGGAAGAAAAGGAACAACAACUUCUACCUCAUUUACUGAGUGUCCAAACUCUACAAGUUGCUCAGACAAGGACAAGUUACGUGUUGUAGGAGGAGAGGAUGCGUGCUCAGGAAGAGUGGAGAUUUGGAAUCAGGGUUCCUGGGGAACAAUCUGUGAUGAUUCCUGGGAUGUGGCAGAUGCUAAUGUUGUAUGCAGGCAACUGGGCUGUGGUUCUGCUGUGUCUGCUCUGAGUGAAGCUGCCUUUGGGGAGGGGACAGGUCCCAUCUGGCUGGAGAAGGUCCACUGUAAAGGAACAGAACUGUCACUUUGGGACUGUCCUUCCAAGCCUUUGCUCGGCAAAAACUGUGAUCACAAGGAGGAUGCUGCCGUGGAUUGCUCAGGUGUGACAGAAACAACAGCACCUUCCACUAAAGCAGCUUCACCCCGCCGCUCAGCGACAAACAACAUGAGAGCUUCAGCACCUGUGAUCCUCUGCAUCAUCCUGGGGGCCCUUCUCUGCCUGGUUCUUGCCAUUCUUGCUGGACAGAUCCAAAGAGCCAGGGCACAGCAGAGAGGCUCCAGGCUACCCUAUGACUCCUUCAAUGAGGUUGUCUAUGAGGAGAUUGACUACAAACUGAUGAAAGAACAGCAAGGGAUGUCUGGCCUCUCAGGUAUGUCUAGUGCUCUCUCUAAUGGAAGACCUAUCCCUAUUACUAUUAAUACGUAUCCUGUUUCAGAAAUCCCAUCAUUGCCUGGAAAUAACCUGGAAGGUGGUUAUGAUGAUGUAACAGAUGCUCCUGGACCUGAAGAUGCUUCUCUUUCUGAGCAGAAUAAGCAAGAAAUCACUGGGGUCUCAGAAGAAUGUGACAGAAACAAGGAUUCAUGGAAAGGUGAGGCCGGAAGAGCACUGCUGCUAAUUUUCAUAUCCUAUAGUUAUUGUACCAAACUCGGGGAAAAUCAAGGUGGAGCAUACCUCAAAAGGUCACCUAGACUUUAUCUAAUCACUGUAAGGAAGAAAUGCUAUCCCACA